CGAAAGUUUUAAAGUUGAGGGUCAUGGCAGAUGGGCACCCCCUGCCCACUCUCUAUAUUUUCCAGAUCUGGAAACGAAAGAGUCGAAAAACAGAGCCCAUUCCUCCCCCUACCAGCGGCAGCAGGAAUGGCGGAGGAUCAGCAGCAGCAGCAGCAGCAGGACGAGAAGAUGGCGAACGGCGGCAGGACGGCGGAGGGGGAGGGGGAGGGGGAGGGGGGAGAGAAAUAUUCGGGGCAGACUGCUGCGAUCCCUGGUGGGAUGCCGGGGGCGGGGGAUCGGCGGAAGGUGGCGCUGAUCAGUGGGAUCACGGGGCAGGACGGGUCGUACCUGACGGAGUUCCUGCUGGGGAAGGGGUACGAGGUGCACGGGCUGAUCCGGCGGUCGUCCAACUUCAACACGGCCCGGCUGGACCACCUCUACGUGGACCCGCACAACUCGCACAAGGCGCGCAUGAAGCUCCACUACGCCGACCUCUCCGACGCCUCGUCCCUCCGCCGCUGGGUCGACUCCCUCCUCCCCGACGAGGUCUACAACCUCGCCGCCCAGUCCCACGUCGCCGUCUCCUUCGAGAUCCCCGACUACACGGCCGACGUCGUCGCCACCGGCGCCCUCCGCCUCCUCGAGGCCGUUCGAAUUGCGAACUCAGCUUCCGCCAGCGCCCGCGCCCGCCCCAUCAGGUACUAUCAGGCGGGGUCGUCCGAGAUGUUCGGGUCGACGCCGCCGCCGCAGAGCGAGUCGUCCCCCUUCCACCCGCGGUCGCCCUACGCCGCCGCGAAGGUGGCCGCGCACUGGUACACCGUCAACUACCGCGAGGCCUACGGGCUCUUCGCGUGCAACGGCAUCCUCUUCAACCACGAGAGCCCCCGCCGGGGGGAGAACUUCGUGACGCGCAAGAUCACCCGCGCCGUCGGCCGCAUCCGCCUCGGCCUCCAGACGAAGCUCUUCCUCGGCAACCUCUCCGCCGCCCGCGACUGGGGCUUCGCGGGCGACUACGUCGAGGCCAUGUGGCUCAUGCUGCAGCAGGACCGCCCGGCCGACUACGUCGUCGCCACCGAGCAAUCCCACACCGUCGAGGAGUUCCUGCAGGCCGCCUUCGGCUGCGUCGGCCUCGACUGGAAGGACCACGUCGUCAUCGACGCCCGCUACUUCCGCCCCGCCGAGGUCGACAGCCUGAAAGGGGACUCCUCCAAGGCCCGCCGCCUGCUCGCCUGGAAGCCCCGCGUCGGCUUCCUCCAGCUCGUCCGGAUGAUGGUCGACCACGACCUCGAACUCGCCCAGAAGGAGAAGGUGCUCGUCGACGCCGGCUACAUCGACGCCCACCAACAGCCCUAAAAAAAAGUUAAGUAGAGUAAAUAAAUAAAUUCAUUCGACGAUAACAAGCAAGUCAAGUCAGCAUUCCAUCUAUUUAUUUAUUUUACCAAUACAUCUUUCUUUCUUUCUUUCUUACAAGAUCCGCGGAAAUUGACUGCAUUAUUAGGACGAAUGUUUUGUUUUGGAUGUAACUUAGGGUUUGGUAAUCGGAUCCUUUUGUCAUCUUUGUUGUUUGUUAAACGUAGUAGUAUGAUCAUUGUCGUUGUCGAAGAAGAAGAAGAGCUACUAUUCUUUCAUUUCGACUGUCGGAUCUGAUGCGAUGCAAUCUGAUAUGGUCGAAUUUGCUCGGAGAUUUGUUCUGCUCAUGUAAUUGCUUCGGGAAGCAAUUUGAAGUGUGAUCUUAGUUGGUUUCAUUCGAUUUCCUCACCACCUGCAAUAUUGCUAUGGAUGGAUGCUGUGGCUUGGCUUGCAUUUGCCUUUUCGGCUGUGGUUCUCAGAGUGUGUGUGAUUCGAAUUAAGUAUUGUUUUGGCA